AUGUCCCAAUCCAAUCCUUUAACCCGUCGUAACCCCCUCUCGGCGCCUGUAUCAGUCCCAACAACUCACCCAGUGCACGCCCAAGGCAAGCCAUUUGUAGAAUCAGAUGCAGACACGAAACUUCGAAGUCACCUCGAAGGACCUACUGGCCCACCUUCGAACAUCAAUACUGCUUUUGGCGGGAAGAGAAGGGGAGGAUCGGCUGGGAAGUUGGGUAAGAGGGAGUAUGCGAUUUUGGGAGCUAUCACUUUGGUGGGGUGGUGGACUAGGAUGUAUAGGCUAGGCAGACCUGAUAGUGUAGUCUUCGACGAAGUUCACUUCGGUGGUUUCGCAACGAAAUACCUGAAAAGGCGAUUCUUCAUGGAUGUGCAUCCGCCUUUGGCCAAGUUGCUCAUUACUUUGAGUGCUUGGAUAGGUGGAUUUGAUGGGAAUUUCGAUUUCAAGGAUAUCGGAAAAGACUACAUCGAACCUGGUGUUCCAUACAUAACCAUGCGAUUCUUCCCCGCUUUACUCGGUCUCGCUCUUAUCCCGCUUACAUUCCUCACCAUCAUCUCCCUUCGUCUAUCGCUCGCCACAGCGAUUCUCGGAUCACUUCUUAUUGCGUUCGAGAAUGCCUUAAUCACUCAAUCCCGAUUAAUCCUCCUGGACUCCUUCCUAGUAUUCUUCACGGGGUUGACUACCUUGUUCUGGGUCAGAUUCAGUAAUCAUGAUUCCGAAGGACGAGCAUUCACCCGUCCUUGGUGGUUCAACCUCACUCUUACCGGUCUCUCCCUGGGAGCGGUAGUGUCUUGUAAAUGGGUUGGAUUAUUUACCAUCGCAAUGGUAGGAUUCGGAACACUCAGACAAUUAUGGUUGUUACUUGGAAACCUCAAAGUAACCCCACGACAAUGGAUUAGACAUUUUGCAGCUAGAGGAUUAUGUCUGAUUGUGGUUCCGUUAACAUUCUAUAUGUUGAUGUUCAGAAUACAUUUUUGGAUCUUGAAUGAAUCUGGUGAUGGGGAUGGGUUCAUGAGCUCAGAGUUCCAACACACCCUUCAAGGACAUGGGAUGGAAGAUACUUUUGCUGACGUAUCACUCGGAUCGAAAGUCUCUAUCAGACAUGUCAACACCCAAGGAGGAUACUUGCAUUCUCACAACCAUGCUUACCCGGGUGGAUCUAAACAACAACAAAUCACUCUUUACCCACACAGAGACGAUAACAACGUCUGGCGAAUCGUCAACGCCUCCGCAACCGACGGUCCAGCUUCGUACCCUUGGGAUGACCUCCCUACUGAAUGGGUUCUGACUGGUACCAAGAUCCGAUUGGAACAUCUGAUCACCGAGAAGAGAUUACACUCGCACGAUGUUAGACCGCCAGUCAGUGAAGUGGAUUUCCAAAAUGAAGUUUCAGGUUAUGGAUUCCCUGGCUUCGCUGGAGACGCCAAUGACGAUUUCGUAGUUGAGAUAGCUCAUCGAACGAGAGGCAGAAGAGAUCGAACUGCCCGACACCGAUUGAAAGCCCUCAGAAGUCAAUUUAGAUUGAGACAUGCUUUGACGGGAUGUUAUCUGUUUUCUCACAAGGUCAAACUACCAGAUUGGGGCUUUGAACAACAAGAGGUGACCUGCAAUAAAAAUCCAACUUGGGAGAACUCUCUGUGGUACAUUGAGACCAACGAGCAUGCUCAACUUCCCUUCGACGCUGACAAGGUUAACUACGAGAAACCAUCAUUCUUCGAUAAAUUCUCGGAGCUCAACGCUGUGAUGUGGAGAACCAACGCUGGUCUUACCGAGAGACACGCUUAUGACUCCAGACCUCAGUCAUGGCCUGUACUCAGAAGAGGUAUCAACUUCUGGGUUCAAAAUCACCGACAAGUCUACUUACUUGGUAACCCUAUGAUCUGGUGGUCUAGCACUCUAGCUAUCGUUGCUUAUCUGGGUAUCAGAGGGUUGAUGGUUCUCAGAGCUAAGAGGGGAUACAGGGACUUACACCAACCCAAGAUAGCAUUCUACGAUGAAGUUUGCGCCUACCUCGUCGUUUCCUGGGCACUACAUUACUUGCCCUUCUUCCUAAUGCAAAGACAACUCUUCUUGCACCACUAUCUCCCUGCACUGUAUUUCGCCGUUCUCUUAUUCUGUACAGUGUUCGACUAUAUCACUUCAGCAAUCCGACCACGAACGAGAAUCCAAGUGGCCGCUGUCAUUAUGGUCUUGGCUGUUUGGUCGUGGAACCACUGGAGUCCACUUGCGUAUGCUGGACCGUGGACGAAGGGGCAGUGUGAGAAGGGCAAAUGGUUGAAGACUUGGGAUUUCAGCUGUAACGACUUCCACGAAGAUCUCGGCAUGUAUAAGGCCAUCCCAGCUGUCCCCAGCAGCAAGAUUGGAGGUGACGUUGUGCCCGAGGGGGAUGCAAUCACAACUACAUUCGUUGAGGAAGCACCUGAACCUAUCCACAACGCCUUCGAAGCUGUUGAUGUACCCGCCGAGGAGAAGACUGUUGCACCUGUCGGACCUCAGAACGAAGUCCAGAUGCAAGAGUCAACGAUCGAAGUACCCCUCGAUGGUGAGGCCGAUGUGGCCAAAGCGGAAGAUACUAGAGCACCAGUAGGGAACGAUGCUGGAGCGCCUGCCGUCACGGACAAAGAGGUAGAUGAAGGUGGUUGGCAUGGUGGUGCCGACGAAGAUAUGAAACAUGAUCAUGAUGAUCCCGAGGCUGUCAAGACGCAACCUGGUGAUGCACCGAUUGGAGUUGGAAAGGUGGAAGUACCGGAAAUAAGGCUGGAUGAAGAAGAGAAGGAUAGGUUGAUAGAUGACUUAUUGAAGCAUGACGAGCAGGAUAACCAAUAA